CAGAAGAGUUUCAAUACAGGUGCAUGUGCUUCACUCUUUUCAGAUUUGCAUUUCUCCUUAUGACUGAUUGUAGUUGAGCUUUAUACUGAGAUAAACUCUACCUAAGAAGAAAUAUGACAAUCAUUUGGAGUUAGAGUAACAUUUUGAGAAAUCAAAUUGGUCUACCAGUACUGCCAUGGCAGGGUUGGAGCGUCAGAGCAGUACAGAGAAGCUGGCCUUCGUGUCCAUGCUGUCUGGAGAAUAUCAGGAAGUUCCUGAACAUGCCAGGUUAGGAAAAUGCAGAAGUGUGACCGACUUUGAGAAGCUAAGCAGAGUGGGAGAAGGAACUUACGGAAUUGUCUACAGAGCCAGAGACAUCAGGUCUGAUGCUAUUGUUGCUUUGAAGAAGAUGAGGAUGGAAAGAGAAAAAGAUGGUAUUCCAAUCAGCGGCUUGAGGGAGAUAGAUAUAUUGUUAAACCUUCGCCAUGACAAUAUUGUGGAGUUACAAGAAGUAGCGGUGGGGAAAAGUUUAGAUAGUAUUUUCCUGGUAAUGGACUAUUGUGAGCAGGACUUAGCAUCAUUGCUUGACAAUAUGUCAGCACCUUUUUCUGAAGCUCAGGUGAAGUGUAUUAUGAUACAGGUACUAAAAGGUCUGCGCUACAUGCAUGAAAACUUCAUUGUUCAUAGAGAUCUAAAAGUGUCCAAUCUGCUGAUGACUGAUAAAGGCAGUGUCAAAAUAGCUGACUUUGGCCUUGCAAGGAAGUAUGGUCUGCCUCUGAAGCCAAUGACACCAAAAGUUGUUACUUUGUGGUACCGGGCACCAGAACUGCUACUAGGCUCCAAGGAGCAGACAGUUGCCAUAGAUAUGUGGUCUGUAGGGUGUAUCUUCGGAGAACUGCUGGCACAUCGUCCUCUGUUACCAGGGCGAUCGGACGUUCAUCAGAUAGAACUCAUCAUUGAGAUGUUUGGAACACCCAGCGAAGCUAUCUGGCCGGGUUUCAAUCAACUGCCCAUGCUAGAAAGUAUCAACUUGAAGAAACAGCCAUAUAACAAUCUAAAGCACAUGUUUUCCUGGCUUACUGAUGCUGGGAUAAGACUUCUCAACUUCCUCUUCAUGUAUGACCCAAUGAAAAGAGCCUCGGCUGAAGACAGCUUAGACAGCUCGUACUUCAAGGAGCAACCAUAUCCCUGUGAUCCUGAGCUGAUGCCAACCUUCCCACAACACAGACUGAAGAGGAAGGCCCCACCAGAAGAAAAGUCUGAGGAAAGAAAACAAAAAAGGAACUCUGGGUCAUUCCAAGACUUUGGCAAUACGGCAUUGUCCUCAGCUAAGAAGAAAAAAGUAUGACAGUAAAGAAGAACCAUUACUACAAUAGUGAUGUUUUGAAGACACUAAAAUAGAAUGACACCAAGUCGUACUUCAGGGGAAGAUGACACCGUGCUGUGUCGAAAUAAAUGCUAAAGAGGAUUCAUCUUGUUAGCAUCAGCCUUUGUGCUUGGUACUGCGACCGAGAGACAGCACUUCCUCGACAACUGAGGACAGAUCUGACAACUUCGACCAGAUAUGGCAGUGGUUGGGAGUGGUUAUCAUGUCAAAGUCUUUUGUGGCAUUGACUUCACUUCACCAAACCGUAGCUGGAGUGUUGUUGAGAAAGAAUAACUUUUUAAGAGGGCCUUAUUAUUCUAAUGAUAAGUAUUCACUUGUAUGUUACGUGUACAUUUAAUGAUAAAAAAUAAAACCUUCUUUUUUACAUUAUAUCACUUUUAUUUUUUUGAUUACAACAUGGUCAAUACAGGUUUUUUCAAUCUUUCAUUUAA